UGCCCGCUGUCGUUUCCCAAGGUGUGAAGUGCCCUGUCCCUGAUCUCCCUUCAACCACUUGACACCCUUGUCACCAUAUAACAAUCACACUCCUUGAAGACUAUCCAUUACACACUUGUGUGGUAAAAUAAAGUUCUCCUGUGGUAACAUACCAUAUCUACAACAUCCUACCUUCCAGCCUCACUCUCACCUUUCUUCUUUCUUUGGCAAGCUUCCUUCUCUCACCGUACUUCCUCUCCCGGCAUAUCAAAUACCAACAUCCCGGAUACAAAAGGGAGGAAACACAGGAACGACUAGGAUUGGGAAACAAAACCAACAAACUAUAUUUCGACCACGACAAAAGGUCUACGCCAACGGGCCAUUCACCAUCUCGAAGGAGUUAUACUAAGCUCUCACGUACACAUCAUCACGAUGCCUUCACCAUUAUCUAUCGAGGGGGCCCGUCACCCGGAAGCUCUCCACACCCGCAAGCCCUCCCUCACCAACUCAGUCUCCAGCAGCGACUCCUCAUCAACACAAUCAACCCGCUCAACAGCAACUAUGCGCCACACAAGAGUCCUCGACUUCGACCCCCUCUCACUGCACCCGACCUUCCACGCACCACCAAGGCUUUACGAGAGGCCUUUCAUCCACAACUCCCAGUCCAUCGAGGAUGAGGUCAUCAACUCGUACUUCUCCAGCCAGGAGGCAGCCGCAGCCGCCGAAGACAAGGCAAAGGCCUCCUUCGCCGCCGCCAUCCCCGACAUGCCCGUCCCGCCAGUCGACUCACCACGGACGCCGAUCCAACAGCAGGAGAGGUCCCGGGAACAUGCCGCCGAGGGCGACGACUACUUUCUCUUCAAGGUCCAGCAGCACAUCGCCUCGACGAGACCGCAGCUGCCGCGGUCUCACUGGUCCGAAUCCACCAUCAACACCAUGGCAUCCCAGCAUGACGAUGAUGACGAGGAUUCCUCCGAGGACGGCAGCUUCGUCGACGAGGAGAGGCCCGUGAGGGAAUCACAGUGGCAGAACUUCUCCAUCAAGCGCAGCUCGCCCUCGAAUGUACGACGACCAGCGAUGAAGUCUCUCGAUAGCGUCGAGGACUUUAUCAAGCGCGGAGGCUGGAAGAGACGCGGCAUUGUCUUUGAGCAAGAAGCCGCCCGAACUUCCAACACAUUGUUCUAAGGAACAUCUACCCAACUCAAAUCAUUUUCUUUUGCACAACAUCUCAUCAAAACUCACCAUCGACUACUUCAUCAAACUUCAUCGACAUCAUUCACUCUUCAAAUAUUUCCUAUCAUCUGUCUAGGGCAGCAAAAACGGCGAGAGACACCUCUGAGGAGGGCGUUUUUAACGGCUUUCACGACAGCGGGCGCAUCUUUUGUUGCUUUAUUUUCCUUCAAUAUCUCUUUUCCAGCGAGCCUCUUGUUUUACGUCUUCUAUCUGAUAUCCCUUUUUUUUUUUUUUUUUUCCCCCCUAUCUUGGGCUAUUCAGAUUGAAUCCCUCUCAC